UGACGUGACGUUGUACAGGAACAUGGCGCUUUGGAGGAGAGGUGUUUUCAUGAUAGUGAGGACUACUGAUUAAAAACUCGGUACCUGUGUUCACUUUAGUGACAUCUGGAUGCUUCCACCAAACAUGGCAGGUCGUGAAAGGUGAUUGCUGUUUCUGGCUCCAUGGACAACGGAACGCUUCGCGUCGCGGCUGUGUUUGCUGUCGUCAGCUGAAACUGUUAGCCUUCAUGCUAACCGAACCAGUUAACUGGCGAGUAGCAAGUAGCUAACCCAGCCAGAAAUAUGCGCGUCAAUAUAGUCUACGCUGACGUUAAACUCAGUAUCAAUGGUUAAAACACUUAAUACAGUGACAUAUCUGCCAGUUAUUUGGACGAAGAUUUUAUUUGGCUAACAUUUUAAGCCAGCCAGGAAGAUGGAGAGGCACCGUGGGUCUGUGUUGCUGGUCGGUGGGAUUUUCCUGUCGGCAUUUUGGGACUCUGAAGCUGCUCCUCUUCUAUAUGUUUUCAAAUCAGGUGAGACAAUCCACGGCGACGUUUCGUCUGUGUCUCUUUACCUGUCCCUGGUGGUGUCGUUGAUGGUGCUGGUGGCCUUGGUUGUGUUGGUGCUGAACUGUGUGACCUGCUGCAAAGAAAGGGAGAUCAACUUCAAGGAAUUCGAAGACCACUUUGAUGACGAGAUCGACUUCACUCCUCCAGCAGAGGACACGCCCUCUAUCCAUCCUCCAGCCGAGGUGUACACACUCGAUGUGUCCCCCGUGCCGCUGCCUGGACCCCCGCACCUCCAACCUCUUGCCAGCAUUACAGAGGCAGCCACUGGCUUCAAAGUUGGGCGUCACAGUUUGAGUUACAUCCAAGAGAUUGGCCAUGGAUGGUUUGGUCAGGUUAUUCUGAGUGAAAUUUACACCGACCCAGGAGGAACCAGAGUGGUGGUGAAGGAGCUAAAAGCUAAUGCAAGUGCCAAAGAAGGGAAUGACUUUCUGCAGCAGCAAGGGGAUCCAUACAGGGUGUUGCAGCAUCCAAACCUCCUCCAGUGCCUCGGUCAGUGUGUUGAGGCUAUCCCCUUCCUGCUUGUUUUUGAGUACUCUGAAAUGGGGGAUUUGCGGAGUUUUCUGUCUCAGCAGGACUGGACGUUCAGAAACACCGAGUUGCUGCAGCUGCAGAGGAUAGCCUGUGAAAUUGCUGCUGGCGUCACACAUCUUCACAAGCACAACUUCCUGCACAGUGAUCUGGCUCUGAGGAACUGCUACCUGACUGCAGAUCUUACAGUCAAAGUGGGUGAUUAUGGUGUCGGACCCUACAGAUACAAAGAGGAUUACAUCAUCACAGAGGAUGACGUGUUUGCGCCCCUGCGGUGGCUGGCUCCUGAGCUGGUGGGGGAGCGUCAUGGGGGUGUCGUCACUUUGGAGCAGACCAAGCCUGGCAAUGUGUGGGCCUUAGGGGUCACCUUAUGGGAGCUGCUUGAGAAUGCGACUCAGCCGUACCCGCAUCUGUCUGACAGGGAGGUCCUGAACCAUGUCAUCAAGGAGCAACAAGUCAAACUGUUUAAGCCACAGCUAGAGCUUCCUUAUUCUGACAGAUGGUAUGAGGUCUUGCAGUUUUGUUGGCUGUCUCCAGAAAGGAGAGCCACAGCAGAGGAAGUACAUCGUUUGCUCAUCUAUCUUCGCAUGCAAGGCCAGAAGGACGUAGAGGAAGACUUUGAGCAACGUUGGGAUGCACUCAAGCCCAGCACGUCCACACGGCAGACUGUUAGCCACUCCUCUUUCCCAAUCUUGGAGCAGUUUGCCGACGAUGCCCUGAGACAGGAGCUAGAUGAAGUUCUAACCGUCACAGAAACGAGCAAAGGUCUCAGCUUCGAGUAUGUUUGGGAGGCGGCCAAGCACGACCACUACGACGGCAGCCACGGAGGCUCAGGUUUGGACACAACACUCAACUACCACAGCAUGUUCUUUCCUGCUUCCAGGGAGGACAUCCAGGCUCAUUUCCCAGAUCCUUCAGCCAGGGCAGGAGGAGCAGAAAGCAGGAACACUCCUUCAGGAAUUCCUGGCAUCGUACCUGUGUUUGAUGCGCAACAGUCAUCCAAUGGAAAUGAAUAUUACAUCCAGUUAGAGGAACAAGGUGAGAGUGCUGUUGGCGAGGAGGGAAAUGACCUGGGCUUUUCAACAAAUCAUAAAGAUUUUAUAGUUCUUCAAGACGCCCGUCUGGAUGAGUCUAGCACCGAUGCUGACUUUUUCCACCAAAGCAUUGACUCAAAGGACUCGUAUCUACCUGACAGCCACGUCUGGUCAUCUCUUGAAAACGACAGUCCUUACCACACCAACAUUUUCACUGAGGAUGGAUCAAAACACGAGGACUCGCCACUGUGGAGGCAGAAUUUUCUGGAGCUUCCAGAGCGCAGCGGGAACCCUUUCCAUGAAGGCAGCUCAGAGGUCCAAGAAAUAAAUUCAAGUCACAGCUUUGGGGGUUCUUUUUUAGAGGUGCCCCCUCACCUGUCCAUUUCAUUGGAAGGGGAAGGAGGGAACGCAGAUGAAAAAAGGCUUUUCAGUACUGACAAACUGGCUGAUAAUUUUGUGUUUCUGAGAGAACAGAACCUAAUGAAAGACUUCACCAGCUUCCCCAGUUCCCAGCAGAACUUUCUCUUACCCGGCGUCGUCCAUGAGCCAGAGGAAUCCUUCAAAAUGAGUUCUUGGAACAACCUCGAGAAUUUAGGCAGCUUAAACGCACCAGAUACAUAUUUUAAACCCGCAGCGAGUAGCACAUUCUCCACACACGAACUUUUAGACUCUCAAAGUAUCAGCUUGGAGCAGAUGCACCAGUCUCUGGUAGGAAAUGAAACUCUGGUGCCUUCCAUUACCGUGGUCACAGACGACGACACGAACGACCAGCUGCCAGUUAGAAAUGGCUCUUUCACCAAACGCCUCGAUCUGCGGAAGUCUUCAGACAGGUGUGCAGACUCUGGUUUGGAUUCUACUUCAGACAGGUUUGGGCCCAUCGUUACAUUCUCUGACAGUGCCAUUACAGACUCGUUGUGCACAGAUGCCAAAAUUUCCAGCCUUGAAAUUGACCUUGAAGCCUCAAAGGCCACAGGAGCUAAAAUAUCUGAAAACCUGCAAAUUCACGUGUCUUCUUCAGAAAAUGGACAGAAUGAAGACCUAACAAGUAACGAUCCGUUAAGCGAGCUGAUUGAGGAUGCUGAUAUAGAUCUGGAAACAAAUCUCUCUGAUCAAGAUGAAUCCUUCAUGGAAAGUAAUGGACAUCCUCCUGUAAGAUCUUCUCUCCUGGUAUCUGGUCCAUCUUUAGAUCAGAUCAGUCAGGACAGUCUACUAGAGGACAGCAUGUCUACCACUGUUCCAACUGUAGACAACGCAGCUGAGACACCAGACUCUUUAGACUCUCUUGACAUCCAUAGAUUGGGAGAGCAAGGAGAGGAGCUGAAUGCUCAGGUUCCUCAAGACAAACUUCAGCCUCCGUAUAAAAUAUCAGACAGUGGAUACGAGACCGAAAACCUGGAGUCUCCUGAGUGGAACUCUCAGCCAAACGUUGAAGACAGCUCUCCUGUAAAAAAUGGCAUCAGCAUUACCAAAGAAGAAGAGUCAGAAGAGCUCACAGCUUCUGCAAACUUGGUUCCACCAAGAAUAAUAAUCUCUGAAGCAGAGGGUGUGUUGGAGACUCCCAGUGAGGAUCAGCAGUCAGAUCAUGUAGCUCCUGCAGAGGAACCACUUAUAAGUAGCAAUUAUCGGGACUCUGCUUACUUCUCUGACAAUGAAUCAGAAACCGAAAAGAAGUCUGAAGAGCCGACGGCAGGAAACACUGUUGAAGUCACGUGGCUGAGGAGCUCUGAAGGCCGGACUCUGGAACACUACAAGGAAAGAGAUGUUGAUGCUUUAUUUUCUCAGCAAGAACCUUCUGUAGCUGCUGAUUCUGAAGCUGCUCAUUCUGAAGCUCAUUCUGAGCUCGGAGGGACAGCCAAUAUCUGUGUUGAGGACAUACUUCCAGAGAUGGUUUCAAAUAUGACGGAGAAACAUCAGAGCGCGGUGACAGGAUCCAUCGACAGCCACAGGAAAGAUGCAAACAAGCCAAAGCUCCUCGACACAAUUCCAGAUCAGUUGAGUCCGUCAGAAGAUCCAGAAGCCACAACUCUGCCGUCUGCUGCCACAUCGAACCCGGCACUGGAGGGCGCAGUUCACGCUAAACUGACCAGGACGUACGCCACAGACCGCCAUAAAAUCAAAGAGCCGGACGUGGAGGGGCGAUACCUGGGCAGGCGGGACGGAUCGGAUUUGGACGGACUGGAAGAUGGCGUGGACGCCGACGAGGAGGACGAGAACAGUGACGACUCUGAUGACGACAUGCGUGCGUAUCAGCUGCACAGCUCCAGCUCGGAAAGCGAGGAUGAAACCGUGCACCCGGUGCCGAUCAUCAUAUCAGACGACAGCAGCGCAAAGAACCUGAAGAGCUUGUUGAAACCCACUACGCUGGACGUUAAUGCAUCAUCUCUCCAGUUUUCUGAGAGGAGCAGUGUCAAGAACUCCAGAAGAGCUGUGUCCUUCUUCGAUGAUGUCACAGUCUACCUAUUUGACCAGGAGACCCCCACUAAGGAACUUAGUGACCACUCGUCAGGCUUGAGCAGUCAGACUCCGGAGUUCAGCAGUCCUGUGUCCACAUCCAGCUACCUGAACCGCUUUGUUAACUCUGAAAGCUCAACAGAUGAAGAAGGUGGUGGUUUCGAGUGGGAUGAUGACUUCACCCCCCACGCUCCAGCCUUCCUGCCCAAGACGGAUAAAGAGCCCGUCUCUAAGGUGGUUUCUUCUACGACCCCUGCAGUCCGGCGAGUGCUGGAGCCCAGCUGGAGCAGCUCCUCCACUUACUCCCGGUUCUCCAUCUCACCAGCAAGUAUCGCCAGCUUCUCUCUCACACACCUCACCGACUCCGACAUCGAACAAGGAGGAAGCAGCGAGGAUGGAGAAAAAGACUAGACUGAUAAAUGACAGUUUGUCACGACACUACUGAGUAACGACGCUGAGCCCGACCUCGUUGGGAACGGCAGAAUGAAAGCACGGUUUGUGGGCGCUCCUGUCAGGCAGAAAACUUUUUCGUCAGAUCGCACGGACGAGGCCCAGUCCGGUUCUGAGCCACACGCCCUCUCCAGCUGCAGCUUGGAAGAAACAAUUCUAAGAAUGCAAGGAGCUUUAUUUAAAUCCUCAUCAUUCCAGGUGUGUGGCUGCUGCUUUUUGUUGCCUCUUUCCACAACGCUUGCCUCACCAAAAAAACAAAAAGAUGAAGAAAAUGCAAAUAAAAACAAACGACUCUAUGUUGUGGAUGAAUAAAUCCAUCACUGCUGGUAAUCACUACAAACAGGAAUAAGCUCCUUCAUCUCAGCAG